AUGCUCAAUAAAAUUUUAAUCUUUACAUUUUUGAAUGAAUAUUGUGAUCAUUUUGUGGUUGGCUCUUGCUUAAGAUUGUUUACAAUUUUAAAAGUUCCAGGAAUUGUUACAGCAUUUAUGAUGAACAAAAGCUUUUUAUUCUCAAUACUAAUCAGUAUAUCUACUUAUCUGGAUCUAUCAACAUCAGUCAACAUUGAAUGCACUUUUAAUCCCUCAAACUGGACGAUUGUAAAAGAUUCAUACCGAUGCAAUAUCAACAAGAAUCCAUGGAUAACAAGAUGUGAGUCAGCACAAGUCAAUUUAGUCACUGGAAAACAUGAAGAUGGAAUGACAAAUAAUGACGUUAGCUCACUAAGAGCUCAUGCUAAAACCAUUAAUUAUUUCCCUCAAGGACUAGAAAAUUUCUUCAAGAACCUCAAAGUAAUCAGCAUCUACAAAUGUCAAUUAAAAGAAAUUCAUCAGGCAGAUUUGAAACCUUUCACAAAACUAGUUGAACUUAUAUUGCAUCACAAUCAGAUUGUGGUUUUGGAGGAAGGACUCUUUGACUAUAAUCUGGAAUUGGAGUUAAUCUGGCUCAAUUACAACAAAAUUAAGCAAAUUGAUCCAAAUGUAUUUGAUAAAUUAAAUAAAUUUCGAUACUUUUUAUUUAGUUCUAAUUUCUGUUCAAGUAAGGAUGUAUAUAAUUCUAGAGAUUCUGUUAAGGAUGCUGUUAAAUUAGCUAAAGUUAAUUGUGUAGGCUCGGAAAAGAAACGAAUUUUAAGGAAAUAAAAGUUUCAAGCUGCUCCUGGUGUGAAUGCAUGUCAAUUUUUUAUUGUGUAAAGUUAUAUUUUCUUCAUUUCUAUGAACAACUUUUUAAGAAGAUUUAAUGUGAGAUUGAAGAUUUGCA